UUUCACACGAGCCGCUCGCGUGCAGGGCGGGAUAUAAAUGCGCGCCACACGCAGCGCCGCCGACACACGCACGCACGGACGCGCACGGACACGCACCAGCACGCACCAGCACGCUUGCAGCCGCACGUCCGCUCGGGGAGGAUUCCAACUUUGCCGGAUUUGCUUGUCGGACCUUCGCGGGAACUUAUUUGCUGUGUGCUGCGGACUUCAGCGCCGGCCCGCGUCACGCCGACAUCGGACAUGCCUGCCGACGUCAUGGAGAAAAGCUCCGCGUCUCCCGUCGCUGCCACGCCGGCCAGCAUCAACUCCACCCCGGAUAAACCCAAGACCGCCUCGGAGCACAGAAAGUCGUCCAAGCCCAUCAUGGAGAAGCGUCGCCGGGCGCGGAUCAACGAGAGUCUGGGUCACCUGAAGACGCUGAUCUUGGACGCGCUGAAGAAAGACAGCUCCAGACACUCCAAACUGGAGAAGGCGGACAUCUUGGAGAUGACGGUCAAACACCUGCGGAACCUGCAGAGAGCCCAGAUGACAGCCGCCCUCAACACGGACCCCGGCGUGCUGGGCAAGUACCGGGCGGGCUUCAGCGAGUGUACCAACGAGGUGACCCGCUUCCUGUCCACCUGCGAGGGCGUCAACACGGAGGUGAGGACGCGGCUGCUGGGUCACCUGUCCAACUGCAUGACGCAGAUCAACGCCUUCUCCGGCCAGCACCCGCCGCCGCCGCCGCCGCCGUCCUCGGCCGGGCCCACACACCCCGCCUUCAGCCAGGCGCUGGUGCAGAUGCCUCCGGCGCAGGUGCUGCCCAUGGGCGCCGUGCCCUGCAAAGGAGCCUCGUCGCCCGCCGGCCCGACUGCCUCGGACGCCGCCAAAGUCUACGGCGGCUUCCAGAUCCUUCCCGCCGGCGACGGACAGUUUGCCUUCCUCAUCCCCAACGCCGGCUUCGCGCCCAGCGGCGCCGUCAUCCCGGUCUACGCCGGCACCGCGGGCUCCGUGCCGGCCGCCGUCUCGCCCGGAGCCCCGUCGGGGAACUCAGACUCGGUGUGGCGGCCUUGGUGAAGGACAGGACUUCCUUGGCAGUUUUCCGGAUAUUUCUACACGUUCAUAUUGAAACUUUUGUUUGAUGCCAAAGAUGUGCUCUUCGUUUUGGAAGACAAUCAUUUCUUACCUUCUCUCACUUCCUGGCAGCAAAUGACGUCAUCCCAAUAAAUGACGUCAUCUCAAUAAAUGACGUCAUCCCAAUAAAUGACACCACUUCUUGCUAAAAGACUCCUUUUCGUCAUUUCCAGUCAGGUGUUUUCCUGCUCGUUAGCAUGUCAUCAAUUUGUAGAAGUCACACUUUCUCAAUGAAAAGGAGAAGAUUAAGAAUUGUUAAUAACGAGAACAUAAAGAAUUGUUGACA